UUCAUUUCUCCAUUCGCUACACAACCGACAAAUGAAAAUUAAAAAAAAGCGUAUUAUGAAAAUCGUUCUCUAUUCUCUGUCUCUAAAAAUUUAAUACACUCGACACGUAUUAAAGCAAUUAAAAGCAAAGACGUGAAAGAAAAAGCAUAUAGUUAUUGAAAUGUAAAAAUUGGUGAAAAAGUUCGAUCGAGUUUAAACCCAAGUCAAUAGAUAAUUUACCUCCGAAAUGUCAGCCGAUAAUGCCUCAGCUAUAUUUCUACCAGAAUUGGUUGAAAUCAAAGUUGAACCCUUUGAGCAAGAAACUACCUGCACUGAAGAUGCACAGCUAGAAAAAAGUCGCCUCAAGCGGCUUCAAGAGCUGAGGAAAUACCUCCAGAAUGCAAACUUUUGGGAAAGUCUGAAACAAAAGUACCUAAACAGCAAUGCAGAGUUAAUCAAUACUACAUGUCCUCUAACGGAAUCGAACGAGAACAUGGUUUUAGCAGGGGAGAGUAGGCAAAUAAAGUUUGAGGAAUCACCAGAAUUGAUCAAUACUAGCUGUCCUGUAACGGAAGCAAAGGCAAAUAUGGUUCUAGCAGUGAAUCAGAGUGGACGAACGAAGUUUGAAGGAACAUCAGGGUUGAUCAAUACUAAUUGCCCUGUAACGGAAUUAAAUGAGAAUAUAGUCCUAGCAAUGGAUCAGGGCCCACAAAUGAAGUUUGAAGAAUCACCAGAAUUGAUCAAUACUAGCUGCCCUGUAACGGAAGUAAAAGGGACUAAGGCUUUAGCAGUGAGUCAGAGUGGACCAACAAAGCUGGAAGCAACAUCAGAAUUGAUCAAUACUAACUGCCCUGUAAAGGAAGCGAACGAGAAUAAGGUUCUAGCAGAGGAUCAGAGUGAACAAACGAAAAUUGAAGAAAGACCAAUCGAAUGUAUUUGCGAAAUAUGCGGUCUGUCUUACAUAACUAUGAAAGGAAUGCUUAAACAUAUGGAAUUACAUCAUGAAAUUCCUGGAACCACUACUAAACGGGGUAAAAGAACGUUUUUUAAAUGUAAAUUUUGCCAGCUGGAAUUCAUUGCCAGGACUCAACUGUUCCAACAUGUUAAUCGCCAACAUUCAGAUGAACAUAGUCAAAAACCGCCAAUCGACGGAAUUGAGACUAGUAAUAUCACUAAGACUGAGACUGAUAUCCCAUCAGCACAAUCAAAAGUUUGCAGCAGUUGUAAUGUUGAAUCGAAUAACAUUGAAGAAUUUAUAGCUCAUCUUCAGAGCGUUCAUCCGGAAACUUUUUGUGACAUCUGCUACAAAGUGUUCAGUGACUCGACAUUCGUGAUGCUGCAUCGACGGGUUCACUUUGCCGGGAAUCCAUACGCCUGCGAUUUAUGUCCGAAGGUAUUUAAAAGUUUAGGUCAUGUGGGAGAGCAUCGACGAGGACACACGGGAGACAAGCCAUAUAAAUGUGCUCAAUGCCCGAUAGGCUUUGCCCGGAUGGGUGACCUUAACAAGCAUAUAAAAUCACAGCACAUCAAAGAACCAUCGUACGAGUGCAAAAUAUGCUUAAAAAUGUUUCGCAGCUCAACGGGAUAUCAUCAACAUAAACGGAAACAUCGAACCGGAGAAAAUGUAGCCGUUACGGAUGAUCGUUUUGGUAUCCCUUGCGAUCUGUGUGAUCAGUCUUUCGAAAAUCGCAACCAACGAAAGGAGCACGUCCUAACCUGUCAUUCGGAGGGUCGACCGUAUGAAUGUUCAACCUGUGGAAAACGCUUCAAGCUGAGUGGCCAUCUGAAGGCCCACCAGUACACGCACACGGGUGUGAAAGAGCACCGCUGCGAUCAAUGCCCGGCGGCAUUUUAUCUGGCGGGAGAUUUGCGCAGGCACCAAAAAACGCAGCGCAGUCAUCAGUACACUUGGUCUUGAAUCGAACUAAGUACCAGUUUUAACAGAAAAUGAGUUAACACCAGUAGGUGUGGAAAAUAACGAUCUAUCUUUCCUGAAAACGGUCUGUAAUGGUAUAUUAACAACAACUCCCUGUAUUAUAUCAUAAAUAAUUCACGGGGUAGUUGAACUUUGAAUGCCACAAAAUAAUCUAUUUGGCGCUUGGUUCGGUUUGAUUGCGCCAAUAGAGUUCGUUGUGAAAUGUGAGCGAGAGUGGAGGAUGUAGUGUUCCAAAUAGCCUUGUGGUACGUCGCAUGUUUGAUUCGCGGUUUAGUUAGAGUGCGAGACUUUAAAUCUGUAAAAUCAAUUGGCUUGUGAACUAACAGUCUGUGUAUAACAAACAGAACGUCGAGUUCAAAUUGAGAAAUGUAGGGCUAAUGCUUUGCUAUUAUAGGAUGUAUAUACCUACAUCUUUGUUGAAGGUUUUCAAUGAGAAUCAUAUGGGUGAAGAACAAAAUUCGUAAAUUUCAAAUGCUGGUGUUUCAUAUAAAUUAUCAUCAUACGUUUUAUGUAGAAGAAUAAUUGGAACAAACGCCUACAAUACAAAACCAAAAAUUUGAAAA